AAAUUGGCUGUGAUAUCAAAAAUUUAGGAAAAAAAAUAAAAUUGUGUCUAUCUGCAAUAUAUAUUAAUAAUAUUUACAUUUUGUAUAUCUCUCUCUAUAAGCUUUGUAAAACAAAAGUGAACGCCAUUUUGUGACCGGCUGAUCUACCCAAUAAAUAAAAUUCUCAUAUAUUCGACGGCGGAAGAAAUUUUUUGCUAAUUUUUUUUAUUAUUAUUUAUUUUUUACGUUUUUGAAUAUAUUGAAAUAAGAAAAUUUUCUCUGUCUGCAAGUAUUCUUUGAUUUUGUUUAAAAAAAAAUAUCUCUGUGCGAAAAACAAAUAUAAUUAUUAAAAAUAAUAUAAAAAAAAUUGGAUAAUGACUUUCGAUUCUCAUGGUCGUCAAACAACAGACAAAACGGAAUCACAAUCCGAAUCGGCUUCGCUGGCCGAUAACACUGAAGAAAUGACACCAGAAAAAUUAAUAUCAUCAUUUCCAGUAAUGAAGCUACGAUCUCUAAAUCAAAAAAUUUCAAGUCCUAGAUGGGUGGUUCCAGUUUUGCCAGAACAAGAAUUAGAACAUCUAUUGCAUGCGGCUAUAAAUCUUACAGUGGCUGAUUGCGACCACAAUUGCGAGCCAUGCUUAGAUUUUUACAAAAAUGCCCUGACUGCAUCAUUUAUUAAAAUUCUUACCGACGAGGCCGUUAAUUCUUGGAAGUAUAACAUACAUCAUUGUAUUCUUAUGACUUGUGGAAAGCUUUUACACCUGAUUGCGAUUCAUAUGCAUCGUGACAAUCCAUAUCUAUUGGAUCUUCUAUCGAUAGUCUUGGAUCCUAACAAUAAAUUUAAUACAUUUAAUGUAGCCCGUCAACCUGAAUGUUUUGGUCCUGAUGCUGUCUGGGGUGUUUUAGAAGACAACAAAAUAUUUGCAACAACCCCUCCCGAACCUAAACGACCUCGUGGUUGGCUAGUGGACUUAAUAAAUCGUUUCGGGCAAUUGGGAGGUUUUGAUAAUCUAUUGGAACGCUUCAAUGUUGGAGUCGCUAAACUAAAAAACAAACAGCCUUCUAUAGAAAACCUGAGCAAACAAGGUUCACUUUCUAAAAAUAUUAGUUUCUCGGAAGUUACCGUAGAAGAAAAUGUGAACAUAUCGUUUUCAUUCAUAUAUUAUUUAAUUCGACCCUUUGCACAGUGUUACGAAUUACUUACUCCUUUAACCAUACAAACAUAUUUCAUGCCUAUAUGGAUGAUUGUACUUGAUCUCUUAGAUAGCCUUACUGAUAUCGAACUUAAAAUUGAAGCUAAAUCAGAAGGAAAAAGUGAUCUAAUUCAUAAAAUUGUUAAAUCAGCUCGUUGCUUAGCUAGUCGGUUGGCUGAUCAAGGAGAAUUAGUUCGCGACAUUGAAAUAUUUCGUUUGAAAAUGAUAUUACGUUUGCUUCAAGUGUCGAGCUUUAAUGGAAAGAUGAAUGCACUUAAUGAAAUUAACAAGGUCAUAACGGCAGUAUCAUAUUGUUCUCAUAGGACUCAACUAUCUCAAAGUUUGUCUGAUGAUGAAAUGAAUUGGUUAACUGCAGAGCGUAUGGCGGCUUGGAUAAAAAAAUCGCACGUUUUAGAAAUUGUAUUAAAGGAUUCCUUACAUCAACCACAAUACGUUGAGAAGUUAGAAAAAAUUAUACGAUUUCUUAUAAAAGAGAACGCUUUGACUCUGGAUGAUUUGGAUGCAGUUUGGAAGGCGCAAGCUGGAAAACAUGAAGCUAUUGUUAAAAAUGUUCAUGAUCUUUUGGCUAAACUAGCAUGGGAUUUUGUUCCAGAACAAUUGGACCAUCUUUUCAAUUGCUUUCAAACAAGUAUGACUACAGCAAACAAGCGACAAAGGGAACACCUUCUUGAAUUGAUUAGACGUUUAGCUGAAGAUGAUAAAAAUGGUGUCAUGGCACAAAAAGUUUUAAACCUCUUUUGGACUUUGGCUCAUAAUAAAGAAAUUCCACCAGAAGUAUUAGAUCAAGCACUGAUUGCUCAUGUUAAAAUAUUAGACUACAGUUGUUCCCAAGAACGUGAUGCUCAAAAAACUGUCUGGCUUGAUAAAUGUGUGGACGAACUUAAAACUGGUGACAAUUGGGUUCUGCCUGCUUUGCGUUUAAUUCGAGAAAUUUGUUGUUUGUACGAAUCGAAUCAUCAUCAUCAAAAUUCCAACAAAAAUUUAAGCAGACAACAAGUCAUCGAACGCUUACAGAAUGAGUAUUCUUUAGUUAUUCUCGUAACAAAUAGUCUUAUUUCCUAUAUGGAUAAAAUUCGAACCCUAAGUGAAGAAAAUCCUGAUAUAGAUCCAACAAAAUACUGCAUCGAUGGACGUUUUUCGCAUGACUUACAAAUUCAAGAAAGAUUGGACUUUUUAAAAUAUUUACUCAAAGAUGGACAACUUUGGCUUUGUGCAGAUCAAGCAAAGCAAAUAUGGCAUUGUUUAGCUGUAAAAUCAGUUUUUCCAAGUGACCGAGAGGAAUGUUUUCGUUGGUUUAGUAAACUCAUGGGUGAAGAACCUGAUCUUGAUCCAGGAGUGAACAAAGAUUUUUUUGAAAAUAAUAUCCUUAAACUCGAUCCAUCUUUACUGACUGACAGUGGUAUUAAAUGUUUUGAGAGAUUUUUCAAAGCAGUAAAUUCAAAGGAAGAUAAACUUAAGGCAGUUCAUCGAGGUUAUGUACUGGAAAACAAUGAUUUAAUUGGAAAAGAUUAUCUCUGGCUUAUUAUAAAUUCAGCUGAACUAGAAAUAGCAAACAAAGGAAUUGACUUGUUAAAAGAAGUUUCCACAGCAUUGGGGUCUACACUUCUGGCAAAUGUUUCGACAUUUCAUGAAAUAUUCCUCGGAGAAUGUUGUGAUAAACUAAAAGCUCUUUAUGACAGUGUAAUAUUUUUGAACAGCAAUUCUGAAUUUAAUUCAAAUGACAAGGAAACAAAGUUUUACUGUUCCGAGAUCGAACAAAUGUGUAGGAUCUUGAAAGUUUUACAAGAAUAUGUUAAAGAGUGUGAUCGUUCAUUUAUUGGCGAUCGACAUCAAUUACCUUUGUGUCGUGCAACAAGAGGAAAACAUACAAGUUUGUAUAUACGAUUCCAAAAUCCCGGAAGAUCAAUCGAUGAUAUUGAAAUAAUAACACAUAGCAAUGAAACGGUUGCCUCUUUUAAGAAGAGUAUUUUAAAACGCUUAAAAGGAACCUCGACUGCUAAUAUAAAAAUAGAUUUUUUUUAUAAUAAUGGAGAAUUAAUUGAAAUGUUAGAUGAAAUAAAUCCUUUGUCAAGCUAUGCUUUAAGAGACAAAAUGGUUUUGACUGCCAAGUUAACGCCCGUUGGAACGAUCUUGGCAAGCAGUCCAGAUAGCUCGAGUGAUUCAAGUACUGGAUCACCACCACGACCUAGUGCCGAUAUAAGAAGAGUAGAAUCAGAAUACACAUUGCCUGGUGUAAUAAUUUCGGAAAAUCCAUAUUACACAAACUUCUUUUUGAAGCUUCAUCAACUGGGUAUAGACAUGCAAUACAGCAAUUUAAGAGAUAGUGCAGCAAUGCUGCUAAGUCUUCUUCCAGCCGAUCGAGAAACAGUAAACGAACUGAAAAAAAUGUGUCAUAUUAAAAAUAAAGAUUCAAGUGCUACUCCUGAGAAUAUUCGUAAUACCGAUAAAAAUGUUUUACACGAGCAAGAACAUAAAAACAAUUUAGAAGAAGUAUCACCAUCAAAAGUGUUUUUAUACAGUACGCCAGCAAAAGUUUUAUAUAAUCUUGAAGUUCUUAAUGCCAUAUUAAUACCAGCUAUAGAUCCAUUUAGCGAAGAGGCUCUAAUUAUUCAAUCGGCUUGGUUGAGGUCCGGAGUUGCACAUUAUUUGGUAGAAUUACUUACUAAAAAUAAUUUUCUACCAAAUGCAGAUAUGCAAACAAAACGAGCAGCAUUUCAAAGUGUUCUUAGACUUGUUAAGUUCUUUUUAUACGUUAUUAGCUGUGUCCUAAAUCGAGUUGGAGAUGAACCUUCGUUAUCAAAUCUUAAUGUUCGUACGCGAUCACAAAUCGAUAUAUUAAAGCAAAUUCUUACUACUAUUCCUAAUAGUUCUGAAAACACUCUGCGAUUUAUAUCAACGAAGUUAGCUGAAAAUGUAUCUGCUGAAAUGUUAACAGCCAGCGCCGAAGGUCAAAAAAGUAGAAAACUUUUUUCGGAUGCAUUACAAUGGUCAUGUCCAGAUAUUGCUACAAUUAAAGCAAUUAUUCAACUAGCUUGGUCAUCAUCGUGUGGAAAAUUUGAAAUGUAUGGAAGUAAAGAUAAUUUUAGUGACGACAUUGCUAUGCCUGGUGCCCAAGACUUGGCGCUCUGCAAAGAAUCGCUUGAAGUUUUAAUAGCAUGUCUUGUACUUAACCCUAGUGCAAAUGAUGUGUUAAUACAAGAUGAAAUUUGGUCUGAAUUUAUAACAUCGUUAAUUUUAAAGAAUCCAUCAAAGAUUGUUCGUCAAAUUGCAGCUGAACAAUUAUUUUUCAGCUGUACAUACUAUUCUGGCAAUAGCCGUCCAUUUGAAUUUAUGACCAAUCAUUUAAUUUCCUUAUUACAUACUGCAAUUCCUCAAUACUCGAGUACAUGUGCAGAUCUCUUUCAACUACUGUGCAGAACUUUAAGUUACGGAUGUACUUGGAAUUGGCCUCAUAGUGUAAUUGAAGGAUUGCUCACACACGAAAUUAGUUGGCUUAGGAAAAUAAAAAACAAUGUGAUAUCAAGUGGCAACACUGAAGUUCAUGAAGAUCUUUUAGAAGGACAUUUAUGCCUAACAAAAGAGCUUAUGUUUUUUAUAGAUGUUAAAAUUAAAACACAACUUAGUGGUUUGUUGGAAGAACUUACGGAUGAUUUUUUAUUUCCUGCAUCAAAACAAUACCUACAUUUAAGACAGACAGGAAAAUUAAGUAACUAUCAGGCACCUCCUCCUGUAUGUAGAAGUCCACACACAAUAGCAGCUGCAUGUGAUCUCCUUGUAGCUCUAUGUCAAAACUGUGUUCCUAACAUGAAGUUGCUUACGAAAGUACUUAUUAACAAUGUUUGCAAUGAUAUAGAACCCCUUAAAGAAUGGGAUUAUCUACCACCAAUUGGACCAAGACAAAGCAAAGGAUUUUGUGGUCUUAAAAAUGCUGGAGCAACAUGCUACAUGAACUCAGUAUUGCAACAACUUUAUAUGGUCCCCUCGAUUCGGCUUGGUAUUUUAAAAGCUGAAGGUGCUGCAAUUAAUGAUGCGGAAGAUUUUAGCGGUGAUAGCGAAGCAUCUUUGUAUACAGACGAAGUGUUUUUUGGAAAUGUUCAAAAAAAUUAUCAUAUCGGUAUUUUGAAGCAUGUUCAGGCGAUUUUCGCUCACUUGGGUCAUAGUGCUUUGCAGUAUUACGUUCCUCGUGGAUUAUGGACACAUUUCAAGUUACAGGGAGAACCCGUUAAUUUAAGGGAACAACAAGAUGCAGUCGAAUUCUUUAUGUCACUCUUUGAAAGCCUAGACGAAGGCUUGAAAGCUUUGGGACAAAAUCAGUUUAUGGUUAACACUUUAGGUGGUUCUUUUAGCGAUCAAAAAAUUUGUCAGGAAUGUCCGCAUCGAUAUUCAAAAGAGGAACCGUUUAGUGUGUUCAGCGUUGAUAUACGAAACCACAGCUCUUUGACGGAAUCACUCGAACAAUACGUUAAAGGUGAAAUACUUGAAGGUGCAGAUGCUUAUCAUUGCGAUAAGUGUAAUAAAAAGGUGGUGACGAUGAAGCGUUUGUGUGUCCGUAAACUUCCCCCUGUACUUGCAAUACAACUUAAACGUUUUGAAUACGAUUAUGAACGUGUUUGUGCUAUAAAAUUCAAUGACUACUUUGAAUUUCCAAGGGUGUUGGAUAUGGAACCUUACACUGUUUUCGGUUUGGCAAAAUUGGAUGGAGAAGUAGUUGAGCUCGUUGAAAAUUCCUACGAUCACACUGAUGUUACCAAAUACGAACUAACUGGAAUUAUUGUACAUAGUGGACAAGCUUCAGGAGGGCAUUAUUUCAGCUACAUUUUAUAUAAAGAUGAAAAAACUGGAAAAGAACAAUGGUAUAAGUUCGAUGAUAAUGAAGUCACAGAAUGUAAGAUGAAUGAGGACGAGGAAAUGAAAGUCCAAUGCUUUGGUGGUGAAUACAUGGGAGAAAUAUACGACAGUAAUUUAAAACGAAUGCAAUAUAGAAGACAAAAACGUUGGUGGAAUGCCUACAUGCUUUUUUACACAAGAUGUGAUCAGAACCCUGUUCAAAUUACUCGAAGUGUAGAACAGCUUUCUUUAGCAGAAAGUUCUAGUUUUAUCCUGCCUAUGCCUAAAGCUAUAGAAAUUAGUGUCAGAACUCAAAACAUAAGGUUCUUACAUUCGAAGAGCAUUUUUUCUGUUGAAUUCUUUAAUUUUAUUAAAAAUUUAGUUAGUUCAAUUGUUCCACAUGUGAAGGACGAAAAACCGACUUUGGCUGCGGAGGAGCUUUCAUUGCUAGGUGUGCAGUUAGCUUCUCAUUUUCUUUUCCAUUCCGGAUUCAGAACGAAAAAAACUUUAAGAGGUCCGGUAAUUGAAUGGUUCGAUACUCUAUCGCUUCACCUCCGCCAUUCACCAACUGUACGAAGAUGGUUUGCUAAUAAUGCCUUAUUGAAUCCUCCUGGAAGACUAGCGGAGUAUAUUCUUGUUGCUCCAUCGCCGGAAGUUAGAACAGUAUUUGUGAAAUUGGUUGUAAUCUUUUGUCAUUUUGCCAUUAAUGAUGAACCAUUACCAAAUAUUGAAGGAACAAGUCUAUGCGAACAAAUUUUAAUAAGUGUUUUAAAACUUCUUAAAUGUGAAGUAGCAGAUCAUGGAAAACAUUUACCUCAUUACUUUAGUUUGUUUAACAUGUAUGCUGGACUCGGAAACAAGGAAAAAUUACAUUUGUUAAAACUUAACGUUCCAACAAUAUUUAUGCAAGCUGCUCUUGAUGAAGGCCCUGUUCCGCAAAUAAAAUACCAAUAUCCGGAGCUCAACAAAUUACAUCAAGUUGUUUCUCAUUUAAUAAGAUGUAGUGAUAUUUCUGACAGAUGUCAGAAUUCAAACCAAAGUUUGAAGCCAAUGCCAAAUAUAUACAAAGAUGCAAACAUGCAAUAUGAAGAACUAGUUCCUCUCUCGCAAGAAGGAUCUGAUUUAUUAUUUGUUCGAACUGGCUAUAUUAAAAAACUAAUAGAAGAUACGAAUGUUGGAGAUGAAGGUUUAAAAUUAAUACAGUAUUGUUGCUGGGAAAACCCCCAUUUUUCGCGAUGUAUUCUAACAGAACUUUUAUGGCAAUGUGGCUUUGCCUAUUGCCAAGAUAUGCGACACCAUACAGAUUUGUUGCUUCACGUUCUCCUCAUAGAAGACUCUUGGCAAAAUCAUCGAAUACAUAAUGCUUUAAUGGGUGUUGCUGAAGAGCGAGGAGGACUUUUAGAAACCAUUCUGAAAACAAAAACCCAUUAUCAAAAAAGAGCGUACCAAAUAAUCAAAUGCUUAACACAGCUGUUCCAUAAAAGUCUCGUCGCCCUCACGAUGCUUAAUUCUAACGAACAUAUUGGCAAACAUUGGGUUAUGGCUGUGGAAUGGCUUCAAGAAGAGCUUGAUAAGCAGCGAGGAAUUGGUUGUCAAUAUAAUUACUCUUGGUCUCCUCCAGCUCAAAGUAAUGACAACACUAAUGGAUAUAUGUUAGAGCGGUCUCAAUCAGCGAAAAACACUUGGUCGCUAGCUUAUGAAUUGUGCCAGGAUGAAGACCAGGAUGAAACAAUCGAGUCAGAUACAGAUAUAAGGAGCGAUGGAUCCAUAGUUCAGUCCUUUGUUCUGGAAAACACGACCGCAAACACCGCUGCAGAUACAGCUGUUGUUACUGCUUUCUCUACGAAACAACAUUCAACUACUCGAGAAGUUCAGCCAGUUGUAUUGUCCGAAGAUAUAAGUGAAACAUUUAAUGUAAAUACUGCAGAAAAUGUCAGUAUAAAUGAAGUGUACAGUCUUAAUAAUGUAUAUACUAGCUUAAAUGAACUAAGGCUGUCACCAAAACCGGUAAAUAAUAAGUAAUUUAAAAAUGUUAAAUGAGUUUUUUUAGAUUUUCAUUCCUUAGAUUCCAAUAUAAAAUUUAUUUAAAUUA